GGGCUGCUGCUGCUGGGCACCCGCGCGGCCGCGCUCGGCGGCGGCCGGAGGGAGAGCCGGCGGGGCAAGCAGGGGGCCCGGAUGAGCCUGCUGGGGAAGCCGCUCUCCUACACCAGCGGCCAGAGCUGCCGGCGCAACGUCAAGUACCGGCGGCUGCAGAACUACCUGUACAACGUGCUGGAGAGACCCCGCGGCUGGGCGUUCGUCUACCACGCGUUCGUUUUUCUCCUUGUCUUUGGUUGCUUGAUUUUGUCCGUGUUUUCAACCAUCCCUGAGCACACAAAAUUGGCCUCCAGUUGCCUCUUGAUUCUGGAGUUUGUGAUGAUUGUCGUCUUUGGUUUGGAGUUCAUCAUUCGAAUCUGGUCUGCAGGUUGCUGUUGUCGGUAUAGAGGAUGGCAAGGAAGAUUGAGAUUUGCCCGAAAGCCCUUCUGUGUUAUAGAUACCAUUGUCCUUAUCGCUUCAAUAGCAGUUGUUUCUGCAAAAACUCAGGGUAACAUCUUUGCCACAUCCGCGCUCCGCAGUCUGCGUUUCCUGCAGAUCCUCCGCAUGGUGCGCAUGGACCGGCGGGGCGGCACUUGGAAACUGCUGGGCUCCGUGGUCUAUGCUCACAGUAAGGAAUUAAUCACAGCUUGGUACAUAGGAUUUUUGGUUCUUAUUUUUUCAUCUUUCCUCGUCUAUCUGGUGGAAAAGGAUGCAAAUAAAGAGUUUUCUACAUAUGCAGAUGCUCUCUGGUGGGGCACAAUCACAUUGACAACGAUUGGCUAUGGAGACAAGACGCCCCUAACUUGGCUGGGAAGAUUGCUCUCCGCAGGCUUCGCACUCCUCGGCAUUUCUUUCUUUGCACUUCCUGCCGGCAUUCUUGGCUCAGGUUUUGCAUUGAAAGUACAGGAACAGCACCGCCAGAAACACUUUGAGAAAAGAAGGAACCCAGCUGCCAACCUCAUUCAGGUGAAUGUCAGUGUAACAGUGGAAGAUCCACAACUCCUAAACCAAAGGGGUUUGGAGUGGCGAUCUGAGUGUGUUUGGCGUAGUUAUGCAGCUGAUGAGAAAUCUGUCUCCAUUGCCACCUGGAAGCCGCAUUUGAAGGCCUUGCACACCUGCAGCCCCACCAAGAAAGAACAAGGGGAAACAUCAAGCAGUGAGUUCUGUAGUAAUAAACAGAAGCUCUUCCGAAUGUGCACCUCCUGGACACAGAGUCAGAAGCUAAGUUUUAAGGAGCGAGUGCGCAUGGCCAGCCCGAGGGGCCAGAGCAUUAAGAGCAGACAAGCCUCAGUGGGAGAUAGGAGGUCCCCAAGCACGGACGCCACAGCCGAAGGCAGCCCCACCAAAGUGCAGAAGAGCUGGAGCUUCAACGACCGAACCCGCUUCCGGCCCUCACUGCGCCUCAAAAGUUCUCAGCCAAAACCUGUGAUGGACGCUGACAUGGUCCUUGGCACUGACGAUGUCUACGAUGAAAAAGGAUGCCAGUGUGAUGUGUCAGUGGAAGACCUUACUCCACCGCUCAAAACUGUCAUUCGGGCCAUCAGAAUUAUGAAAUUUCAUGUUGCAAAACGCAAGUUUAAGGAAACAUUACGCCCAUAUGAUGUAAAAGAUGUGAUUGAACAAUACUCUGCUGGUCAUCUGGACAUGUUGUGUAGAAUUAAAAGCCUUCAAACACGUGUUGAUCAAAUUCUUGGAAAAGGGCAAAUCACAUCAGAUAAGAAGAGCCGAGAGAAAAUAACGGCAGAACAUGAGCCCACAGAUGACCUCAGUAUGCUUGGCCGGGUGGUCAAGGUUGAAAAACAGGUACAGUCCAUUGAGUCCAAGCUGGACUGUCUACUAGACAUAUACCAACAAGUCCUCCGGAAGGGCUCCUCCUCAGCCCUCGCUUUGGCCCCAUUCCAGAUCCCACCUUUUGAAUGUGAACAGACAUCUGACUAUCAGAGCCCUGUGGAUAGCAAAGAUCUGUCCAGUUCUGCACAAAACAGUGGCUGCUUAUCCAGAUCAGCCAGUGCCAACAUCUCCCGAGGCCUGCAGUUCAUCCUCACCCCAAAUGAGUUCAGUGCUCAGACUUUCUACGCGCUUAGCCCUACUAUGCACAGUCAAGCAACACAGGUGCCAAUGAGUCAAAGUGAUGGCUCCACAGUGGCAGCCACCAACAACAUUGCAAACCAAAUAAAUGUGGCACCCAAGCCAGCAGCCCCAACAACUUUACAGAUCCCGCCUCCUCUCCCAGCCAUCAAGCAUCUGCCCAGGCCAGAGGCCCUGCACUCAAACCCUGCAGGCUUACAGGAAAGCAUUUCUGAUGUCACCACCUGCCUCGUUGCCUCCAAGGAAAAUAUUCAGGUUGCACAGUCAAAUCUGACCAAGGACCGUUCUCUGAGGAAAAGCUUUGACAUGGGAGGAGAAACUCUGUUGUCUGUCCGCCCCGCGGUGCCCAAGGACUUAGGCAAAUCUUUGUCAGUACAAAACCUGAUCAGGUCGACAGAGGAACUGAAUACACAGCUUUCAGGGAGUGAGUCAAGCGGCUCCAGAGGCAGCCAAGAUUUUUACCCCAAAUGGAGGGAAUCCAAAUUGUUUAUAACUGAUGAAGAGGUGGGUCCUGAAGAGACGGAGACAGACACUUUUGACGCCGUGCCGCAGCCUGCCAGGGAAACUGCUUUUGCGUCAGAUUCUCUAAGGACUGGAAGGUCACGAUCAUCUCAGAGCAUUUGUAAAGCAGGAGACAGUACAGAUGCCCUCAGCUUGCCUCAUGUCAAACUGAAAUAAGUUCCUCGUUUUCUUUCUAGGCAUAGCAGUUCCUUUAGCCAUUACAUAUCGUUGCAUGAACUAUUUUGAAAGCCCUGCUAAAAAGUUGAAAUUGCAAGAAUCAGGAAGAACGUGAAAGAUAGUUUAUAAGCCUGUUAUCUUUUAAUUGCAUGAAAAUGCAUGUUUAGGGAUGGCUGAAAUUCCAAGGUACAUCAACAUUAACCACUCAUUUAGUAAUGUACCUUGAGUUAAUAUGUUGAGAAACCAAACACUGCUAAUGCUAUGAGGUGUAUGAAAAUGUGAAGAUUAGGUUACUUAGAAGAUCUGACUCUGUAUUUUCAAAUUAUGGGAGUAAACACCUUCAAAUUUCAGGCAUUUCUACUGUGUGAUUAAAUACAAAAUACAUUUUCAAAAUCAGGCCAUAAUGUGUAUUUAAACACAAUGGCUAUCAACAGCUGCUAACAAGGUAUCAAGUAAAGCAGAAUUUGCAAAUAACAGAAAUGGCUGCUUAUUUCAAGAUACAUGUGCCAACCUAUUCCUAUUCAGUCAUUUUAUUAUUAAUGUAAUUUGAAUGUCAAUUUGUGUGCUUUUGGUGAUUUAACGCUGUGGCAAACAACUUUGCACAUCAUUUUCAUGUUGUUCUUUAUGACGAGAAUGUUCUUCAAUUAGAAAAUGUGCAAAUAAAAGUUCAGGGCCAGUGGGGCAAAUAGACUGACCAUAGGACACGUGUGACUCCAUGGAAACGUAUUCCCUGCUGGCUGAGUCACCUGUAUGAG